AUGGUUCCUCUUCCAGAAUGGUGUCCUCCUCUUGAUACUACAAAAUACGAUCCGAACACCUGCGAAGAGCUGUUCUGCAUUUGUAAAAAACCCGAUUCUGGCGAAUUAAUGGUAGGAUGUGAUGGAUGUGAUGAUUGGUUUCAUUUCAAAUGCUUGAGAAUUCCAUUAGAGUAUAAGGAGUUGGUGUUUUCGUUCUAUUGUCCAUAUUGUCAAGCUGGUGUCACAGGACCUGGAGCAAUUACUGGGAAGCUUCCGAAAACCGUUUGGAGACGCAAAUGUCGAGUGUCUGAUUGUUACAGGAGUUGUGACGAAAAUAGCAAAUACUGCAGUAAAGAGCAUGGAAUUGAAUACCUUCGUGGAAUUUCGCGACGCUUAGACUGUGGACGGUAUGGGUCGCGGGAGGUAAUUCACAAAAUGACAAGUGGACGGAGUUUCAAACAAUUUCGAGAAAUUGGGUCCCUUGGCUUGGCACCGGCUUCACGAGACCUCGAUCCAGACACGUACGAUGCCAUUUUUGGCAGUGGCGUUUUCAAAGAUGACUUGGACGUCAAAAUGUCAAGAUUGAUUGAAGCCCAAAGACUAAUUACUGAGGGCACGCUUCCGACACUUGACAGGUAUAUCGCAUGGAUCAAGGUCGUCAACGAGCUUCUUUUCAGUAAUGGUGGUGCCGAGGAGAAAGGUGAUGGUAGAACUCGCAAGAAGGCUCGUGCCCCGCGGGGCAUUUGCGGAUUCAGCGUCGACAAAAAAAUUCCACGCGAUGCUGCUGAUUUCGUGCGACAAUUUCACGAAGAGAAGGAGACCGUUGAAGAUUUGCAUGGAGUGUGUUGUAAAGUGCGGUGCAGCAAGCAUCUAGACUGGACAGGCAUUGAGCAACGGACGCUACAGUAUGAACAGGAAUCCGUCCAAACGUCGUUACAACGUAUAGAUUUGCUGAAAAAACAACGAAACGAAGAAUUGACGCUGCAAUUCCACGAAAUGCUAUUGCGAAAGCAUAAGAUAUGUAACAAAGUUGGAGGCGGGGCUAUACAAGAUACAACGCGCUGA